AUGGGCUCCCCCGGCGACUUCCGGUUCAGCGACGUGCCGAAGCCCGAAAAUUAUUUGCACACGUACCGCGACCUCUACAUGAAGGAGCACGUCACCAUGUUGAGCCAGUUGCAGGAGGGAACGCAGCGUUUCUUGAGGAGCCUGUUCGACGAGAAUUUCAUGGCGAACGCGCAGAUAUCGUCAGGCUUCCACUACCCAGUGAGAACGCAGUACGCCACCCUCCACAUGCAGCUGCGGGUGAACUCGGGCUCCGUGUGCAGGGAGGAUGGCCGCGGCGUCGAGGUGAGCACGCUGAUAGACACUCUGAAGCAGGACCGGAACACCUUCGAGCGGGACUCGGAGCCGAUGCGCUACCACGUGACGGAGAACGUCAAGGUCUCGCUCCUUGCGGCCGCCAACGAGUACGAGGAGCAGCGGGACGAGAGCGCGCACCGGCACGUGGCGCCCCUGGCCUUCGAGCUGGGCCGCACCAGCAUGCCGACCAUCCAGGACGCGGGCGAGGACGAGGAGGAGGCGGCCGAGAAGGACAUCAAGCGGGCGAGCAAGACGAGGAGCAAGAAGAGCCCCGCCGUGCGGGCGGCCAAGUCGCCCGCCCUGGGCAGCGCCGACCCCCCGCCCAUAGACCUGCCGCCCGCGCUCACGGCGAUCCCAGACCGGGGCCCGUGCCCGUCUCCCAGCGACGAGGACGUCUCGCACCAGUAUCUGGUGAACCUGCAGCCCUCCCCGGGCUCCGCGUUCUCGAAGGCCGUGUACGACAAGAGGGCCGAGUGCGCCUCGGUGAUGGGCGUAGACCCCACGCACAUGUACCCCCUGCACGUCUCCGUGACCGGCUUCUUCGAGGCCACGCAAUCGCAGCUGGGGCCGCUGCGGCGGAUGCUCCACGAGCUGCUGCAGUCGGAGCUGCAGGGGACCUCCGAGCGCAUCCGCGUCGGCGAGGUCAUCUGCACUUCGACGGGCUACGUGCUCUUCUCGGGCCGGACAACAGGGGGGGAUAGGGAAAGGGGGGGUUACGAAAUUUGCGGCAUGCAGCUGGUUUCGGCCCCACCGAGGGGCCCGUUCCUCGACACAUGGCCGCCUCUGGCGCUGGGAGGCGCCGGGAAAAUCAGCUGCGCGAGCUGA